CAUGCGAAUGGACUUUCAGCUAGCUUCCGAGAGACACGCCAGUCUUCAAAAAAAGUUAUUCACAUUAAAUUCUCAGUUGCGCUGGUUCUUGUGGAUUACCUGGAUUAACUCGAUAGAUCGCGAAUUACUUUACACGUCACCGAUUCGCCAACAUUAAGUAAAAUUAUGGUAUUCGCGAAACAGCACCUGGUUACACUUACUGUUACCAUUCUGAUAUUUAGAAACGAAAAUGUGUGUGGCAUUCGCUGUUACCAGUGUAUGGGAACGCAGCCGGGAUGCUCGACGGAAACGCUCGACUGGCGUUUAGUGAAAAACCUUGAAUGCCCCGAUCCGUACGAUGCUUGCGUUAAGAUAACUGACACAGUGUUAGGGUCGAAUUUGACUACACGCGGGUGCCUAUCGACAUUCAUCAGCGUUCGACGGGAUAUUCCAGCGGAUAAGUACGAAGGGUGUCGAUUAGGCGCACACGACAUCCGCUUGAAUAAAGAUGUCAUUGUUUCGGAGCCGCAUCAAAAGAUCGUGGAGAGAACCCAUCACAUGUUUUGUUUCUGCUCAUGGGAUAAUUAUUGUAACAGUUCACUGCGGAAAUGCACCACGGGGUUCAUACUGCAGUGGUCAUUCUUGCUGCUAAUAAUUUUCGGUUAUUAUUUGUAG